AUGUCUGAGGAGCAGCUAAUUGGAGUAAUUUCUGUAGGAUCCUACGAAGGACUUCUCAGUUCAUGGAGAAUUACACGUACAACAGCAAAUGGCAAUGAUGAAUAUGCCGCAAAAAUCUCUUUCCGCACAAGUCCACACGAUGGAUCUAUCCGUUCACUUAAAUCAUCUGGAAAAAUACUUGCAAGUGGUGGAUAUGAUGGAUCUGUUGCUCUUUUUGAUAUUGUUAACAAUAAAAAAGUUGGUUCCUUAAUUCAGCACGAAGAUUCAGUCGAUGAUAUUGAUUUUUACGAGAAUUCAUACAUCGCAACAGGCUCAGCAGAUAAAACUAUCUGCCUUUGGAGAACUAAAGAUUGGGCUUUAGUUAAGCAAUUCAAAGGUCAUACAGCUUCUGUCAACAGUCUUGCGACUGCAUCAUGCGGAAAGUUCAUGCUUUCUGUUGGCCGUGAUGCAGCUGUCCGUAUGUGGGACUUAAUGAGAGCCCACAACGCUAGAACAAGAAAAUUACCGAUGAUUCCUUCAAUUAUCAGAUUUGCAAAUACAGAUGAAAAGUUUAUCAUUGUCGUUGGUCGCAGUGCCAUCGUUAUCAAUGGUAUUACAGAAAAUACAGAAGCUGAAUACAAGACAGAGUCAAAUAUCAUGACAAUCUGCGUUGAUGGAGAUGAUCUCUGGAUAGGAUGCGUAGAUGGAACGAUUUACGGCUAUAACUUGCUUGACAACAAGUUUUAUGGCGUAUAUAACAUUACUGAUAAAAGAAUCAAGUAUAUGAAGGCAGAAGGUGGUUAUAUUACUGUCUUAACCGCUGAAGGUAAUGUUAUAUUCGGAAAUAUCGAUGAGAACAAAGAUAUCAAUACAAUUCUCACUUGGAAGGUCGAUACACGCAUAACAUGUGGUGACUUUGCCAUUUUCAAGAAUUAA